GUGGAAAACAACCCGUCUGUGUUGCUUCUGGUGCAGGACAAAGAAAAUCGCCAUAAGGCGAAUAGCGGUUUAUAUUAAAACAGAAGCUGGAAGCAGUGUAACUGAUCACAGGUCAGUAGACCGCGGUAAACCCUGGCGGACACAUCCGUACAAUCGCGCUGCAUUCGCGUCCCGAGCACUUUUGGGAAGUGGCUUCACGCAGCUGCUGAAGGUUAGAAGGACACGCCCUCAACUUUGGAGCCGGUGCAGUGGGAGCGUCCCCUCCGCUGCGCACACCGUCACCGGCGCGAGCGCGUCGCAGCGGGGACCUGCCUUCGUGGAUCAUCUCACCGCGGGCCGCUUUGCCUCCGGCGCCUCCGCCGCUCGAGCCGAGCCGACCCGACCCGCUGCCUGCCUUCCGCAGCCUGGCGCCGUCCACCUGCCCGGAGAGCGGACGCACGUCGGGAUGGACGCCCUGAAAUCCGCCGGCAGAGCGAUCAUCAAGAGCCCCGGAGUCCCGCGACACACAUGGGGAACUUCCAAGCACGAAAAGCUGCCAGAGAACUGGACAGACACCAAGGAGACGCUCCUGGAGGGGAUGGUGUUUAACGUGAAGUACCUGGGCAUGACUCUGGUGGGACAGCCCAAAGGAGAGGACAUGGCCUCGGCUGCCAUUCGCAGGAUCGUCACCACGGCCAGAGCCAGCGCCAAGAAAUUUCGUAAAGUAACAUUGACAGUGUCACCGAAAGGCAUCAUCAUCACAGACACAGAGACAACGGACCUCAUAGAGAAUGUCUCCAUAUACAGAAUCUCCUAUUGCACAGCAGAUAAAACUCAGGAUAAGGUCUUUGCGUACGUCUCCCAGAGGCAGUUCAACGAGACCCUGGAGUGCCACGCGUUUCUCUGCCAAAAGAAGAAAAUAGCUCAGGCUGUGACGCUGACGGUGGCCCAGGCCUUUAAAGUGGCUCUGGACCUCUGGGAGAUCGCUCAGGAAGAUAAAAGCAGGAAGGCCCGGAGCUGCUGCUCCUGCGCGGGCGACGGCCGGCCGGCGGAGGCGGACGCGCCGCGGAUUCCAGCAGAUCCAGGCACACAGAAGUCUGCGGAGAUGGAGGAGAAGCUGCGGAGGCCGUUCUUCUCCGCCUCGCUCAGCUCGCCCUCGCCCCGCAGUAACCCCACUCGAAGGCGACCCAUCAAACACGACUCUUGGGAGGUGGAUGAUGGACUGGAUGACGUCUUUUCAAGCAACAUGGAAGUCGAGGAGAUGGACACGGACUGGCCGAGUCCUGCUCCGAACCCGUCUCUGGCGAUGCAGCUCUGAGUCCCCGCGGGGGGUUCCAGCGGGGGUCUGUUGUCUGCCUCCAACGAGGGGCCUGAAUAACGCUCCCCCGACAAACGGCGACAGGACAAAAAGGAAGAGAGAAAUCAUUCACAAACAGACAGAAACGCGCAUCACGCCCCCUGCUGUGCAGCCGGAAUCAGAGCGGCUGCGUGUGAUAUGUAGAGAAGCCAACGCUCUGAUGCAUAAAGUGCAAUCUCUGCCAGUACCUACCUGUCGGCAAACACGCCCCUCAGUGUAAACAGCCAUUGCUGCCAAUCAACGUUCACAAGCUGCCAGCGGAAACGCCAUCACACAAGCGACAAAUUAGCAUUCCCAUUCAAAGUAGUAGCUGUACAGAGGGCGGUGGCACGUCCUCAAUGGGUGACAGAGAGGACUGGAAUCCAUAGCUGGACCGCUUCCACUAGGAGCUGGUGAGUAAGGCCAUCAGAUGUGACUGAAAGCAAGUGGAGCGUGUGAUGGGGGUUAUUAGCCGACCUACACACAAUAAAAAGUUAAACACAUCCCACUCAGAUUUUAGUGUAUUUCUACACAUGAGACAUUAAGCAGCAUAUAACUAUUAUAUAACAGUUCUUAAAUCUUGAAUAUGGGUGAAGAACAUUCAUCAAGCACACGACAACGAAACUCUUAUUAAUAGCUUGAUGUUGUUUGUGGUUUAUGCAUUUCCUGCCGCCCCAUUUGAACCAAAUGGCUGAUUUACACUGGGCCACGUCUUCGCUGUAGAUAAAGAUGAUGGUACUGGUACAGAACAGCAGCCGUACAGUGCGAGGCCAGACUGCUGUAUUUUUAAUAUUAAAGCUGUGUCACAAUAAUUAUAAAUAGGUUGGUGUUUAAUGCCUGUAUGUUUUGCGUUAGCUUAGCCCACUUUGUACAGAUCCAAGUCUAAAAGUACCGCGCUUCGAUCACUGCAGGAGUCGCUUCAUUUCUGCAGAGCAGCCGCCGGCGACUCACGUGCGGGUUCAGGGCUGUUACGUAACAAAAAGCAAUCCUCCGCUCCGCCGGGAGACGCUCCUCAUAUCGUCCUGUCGCGCCUGUAAUCUCUGCAGCGAAACACUUUAUAUCCCAAAUCUCAUUACACACAAAUAGUUGCUGUGCUCGCGCUCUGUUUGCAGAUUAUUUUUACCCACCGCUCAGAUGCCGGCCACAAUCAAGAGGCUGUUAUAUUGUGCCUGGGUCUGGCUGAAGUGGACCCUCUCUCUCUCUCUCUCUCUGUAUUCAUGGCGUCAUGACUGAGGAUAAUUGUGAUGGCAGGAGGUGGGAGGCGAGUUGUUGUCAUGACACCCGCUGCAGAAUAAUUGGAUGGCUUAUCAGGUUACGCCAUGAAGCUUAAUUGCAAUGUUUUGUUCCUGAGUGGCUGAGGGACGAACUCCAUUGCAUCGGUGCGAGAAAGCCCCCCGUUGUUUGGAUAUCGCAGACAGCAACCGCCGUCUGAGGAUUAAAUAUUGAGCCGUGUUUGCAUUCCGGCUUCCCCCCCGGGACUCAAGGUCGCGCUGUCAAAACGCAGCGUUGUCCCUUUUUAUUAUCCUCUCAAGCAUCAUUCCUUGGGAGCGUGAAAUAUUCCCCCACCUCCUCCUCUCCAUCGUGGAGCGACCAGUUGAUUCAGGAUGCCGUUGGAUGACAUUUGGUGAUGAGUCGUUGUCAAGGAGCUUUUCAGACCCAAUACUCGUAACAAACAACAGACUUUUGAGUCUUGAAGCCAGUUUAAUUUAUUAUUUAAUUGACUUUGUUGGGGACACGUGAAGAGGAAUUGCUCAACAGGACAAAAUAAACAAUAGUAGCUAUACAUGUAGAUGUUGACCAGUGUUUGCUUUUGCAUGCGAUUGAUUUGUACCCAGCCCCUUUUGGAUUUUUUCUUACUGAGAACUGCACAAACGCUGUGUAUAAAUUAAAGCCAGGCCUCCGCGAGUUGGAUUCCACGCAGCAGUAACGGACAGAUCCCCAGCCGACGCCGGGUAGAUGGGAAUUUUCCAUGCAGGAGCGGUAACUGACCCGCGCUGGGAGGGUUCGGCUGCCAAUUUGAGCCGGCGGUGCACUGAAUACAGAUGAGCCGGCGAGCGCGUGAGAACGGAACACACCAAGAGCAAUUAGAAACAGCAAAACAGGAUUUUUUUACGUUUACAGUAUGACUUUACUCUUCAAAGAAGGUGCUUAUUUUCUAUCUAUGCAAUUGGUGGGAUUCCAGCAGUGUUGUGAUUUUAUGAUGAUAGCGAUUUGUGAAUAAACGACAAGCAGUUGUCCUAAACUGUGUAAAGAUUUGUACAGAAUUUGGAAACUGUUAUGGUUUGUUACAUAUUUAUGCUUGAUAAUAAAAGCAUUGUACAAAUAUUGCACAGAA